AUGAAUCGGGAUGCUGUUGCGCAAGAUACAAUAUUUACAAUGGCGACAGUAAAGCAGGAACAGAGUCGGGGUCAAGGACAGGCCCCCAGCAAACGCUCCACAGCUUCAACAUGGAAUACCAAGGAUCUGGGCAAGCGACUUGGCGUCGAUGUCGCUAGCGCAGCGACAGCCGGCGCGCUGACCUGCCCAUUGAUCACCAUCAUUGAUCGUGCAAUCAUGGAAAAAGCAUCAAAAGGCUUCCCGAUCGGCCAAACAAUCAAAAACUGCCUCCGAUCGAUGGUCGCUCGACCCAGCGGCUUCUUCUUCACCACUCCAUUCAUCCUCAUCUACACCCUAUAUACCUCGACCUACCUCACAGCAAACGCAAUCGAUACCCUCAGGUCAACAACACACAACCAGCCUUACAACGCAAUCGACACAGGCCUCCCCAAAUUCUUCGCAACAACAAUAGUCAACAUGACGAUAUGCGUCUACAAGGACGCGCGCUUCGCUAAAAUGUUUGGCGCCUCUCCUCCCUCCGAAUCGCCAGCUAGAAACAACACCAUCAACACAAGAUCAGUCGCGCAGAAGUACAGCUCUGCUCUCCGCGUACCACUGCCUCCCUCCGCACCCACAGCACCAACCCUCCAAAUACCAAAGGUCUCAUACGGCCUCUUCUGUCUCCGCGACAGCAUCACAAUCUGGGCUUCCUUCAAUAUUCCCGCCCUCAUCGCGCCCUCAGUCCCAGACUUCCUCGCUUCAAGCCCAACCAUGAAAUCCAGCAUUGCGCAAUUCGCCUGUCCCGCUGCUAUGCAGUUCGCCAGUACGCCCAUGCACCUCCUCGGUUUGGACCUAUAUAACAGACAGCCGGCCGGUGGUCUGCAUUGGACGGAACGUGCGGCGCGGAUUCGUCGUGAUUAUGUGCCUAGUUGCUUUGCGCGCAUGGGGAAGAUUGUUCCUGCGUACGGUAUUGGUGGUGUGGUUAAUGUGCGGAUGAGGGAUUCCUUGAUGAAGAGAGUUGAGAGGGGAGAGUGA